AUGGAUGCAGCAAAGGGCCGGUGUGGAACCGAACUGCAGCCUCUGUAUGUGGGGCACCUGCGCUACCAGACCAACCAGACCAACCAGACCUUGGACGCUCGCCGCAUCCAACAUGUCUGUCGUCGUUUAGCCGCGCUGAACGAUAAACAAGCCGCGUGGAGGAUGGCGGACGGAUCCGUGGACGAGCUCUCGCAGCUCGAGUAUUUGUCUCUGGUGUCCAAAGUGUGCACGGAGCUCGACAACCAUCUUGGAAUCAGCGACAAAGACUUAGCUGAAUUUGUCAUCAGCCUCGCGGAGAAAGAGCCGAGUUUCGAUGGAUUCAAAGCUAUUCUGCUCCAAAACGGAGCCGAGUUCAUGGAUUCUCUCAUCGGCAACUUGCUCAGGCUCAUUCAGACAAUGCGACCUCCGACCAAGGCGCCGGCUAGUAAAGUCUCUGAGGCGUCGGUCAAGCCAAAUACAGAAAAGGAUCGACUGAAGGAGUUGUUUCCUGCACUUUGUCGAGCGAACGAUCCGGGGCCGAAGAAGAUUGGAGAUGAAGAUGAUGUGAAAGUGGCAGCUGAUGCCAUGAAAGAGCUGGAGAUGUUUAUGCCCAGUGUCAGCGGGGAAGACUCAAAAAGCAGCAAGAGCCGGUCCGAGAAGAGCAGACGCCACAGCCGGAGUCGCAGCAGAGACAGAGACCGAGACCGACACAGAGAUAGGGACAGAGACCGAGAUCGGGAUAGAGACAGAGACAGAGACAGGAAGAGAAGACAUCGUUCUCGAUCAAGUUCCAGGUCCAGGUCUCAGUCCAGAGAUCACGAUCGUCACAGAGAGAGAGACAGGGAUAGAGAUCAAGGUAAAAGAAAAGACAAAUCCACCCGCUGGACUGAGCGUUCACCGAGUCCCAAGAAAGACCAAGACUCUGAUCGCUGGAAAGACAAGCACGUGGACCGCCCUCCACCUGAAGAGCCUUCAGUCGGGGACAUUUACAACGGCAAAAUCACCAGCAUCAUGCAGUUUGGAUGCUUUGUUCAGCUCGAGGGUUUAAGGAAACGAUGGGAGGGAUUGGUCCACAUCUCAGAGCUGCGUCGAGAGGGACGUGUGGCCAACGUGGCUGAUGUCGUCAGCAAAGGCCAACGAGUUAAAAUCAAGGUGCUCUCGUUCACUGGCUCCAAGACCAGCCUCAGUAUGAAGGAUGUGGAUCAGGAGACAGGAGAAGACCUGAACCCCAACAGGAGAAGGAACGUGGGACCAGACGGAAGUGACGAGAUCUCCAUGAGGAACCCAGACCGGCCGGUCAACGUGAACUUGGGCCACGUUCCUGAACUGGAGCAGGACGACACCCUGGAGCGCAAGAGGCUCACUAAAAUCUCUGACCCAGAGAAGUGGGAAAUCAAACAGAUGAUCGCUGCCAAUGUGCUGUCCAAAGAAGAGUUCCCUGAUUUUGACGACGAGACAGGGAUCCUUCCUAAAGUUGAUGAUGAAGAGGACGAAGACUUGGAAAUUGAGCUGGUUGAAGAAGAACCUCCAUUCCUGAGGGGACACACCAAACAAAGCAUGGACAUGAGCCCAGUCAAGAUCGUCAAGAAUCCAGAUGGCUCUCUGUCCCAGGCCGCCAUGAUGCAGAGCGCUCUGGCUAAGGAAAGACGAGAGCUGAAGCAGGCUGCGCGUGAGGCAGAGAUGGACUCCAUCCCCAUGGGGCUGAAUAAACACUGGGUGGACCCACUGCCAGACGUCGACGGCAGGCAGAUUGCAGCCAACAUGAGAGGCAUCGGCAUGAUGCCCAACGACAUCCCAGAGUGGAAGAAACACGCCUUUGGGGGCAACAAGGCCUCUUAUGGAAAGAAGACCGCACUCUCCAUCCUGGAGCAGAGGGAAAGUCUGCCCAUCUACAAGCUGAAGGAGCAGCUCAUUCAGGCUGUUCAUGACAACCAGAUCCUGAUUGUGAUCGGAGAGACGGGAUCCGGUAAGACCACACAGAUCACCCAGUACCUGGCAGAGGCCGGUUACACCACCCGCGGGAAGAUUGGCUGCACGCAGCCCCGUCGUGUGGCCGCCAUGUCGGUGGCAAAGAGAGUCUCAGAGGAAUAUGGUUGUUGUCUUGGACAAGAGGUGGGUUACACCAUCCGGUUUGAGGACUGCACCAGUCCUGAGACGGUGAUCAAGUACAUGACGGACGGUAUGCUGUUGAGAGAGUGUUUGAUCGACUCCGAACUGGGGCAGUACGCCAUUAUCAUGUUGGAUGAAGCUCACGAGAGGACGAUCCACACUGAUGUUCUCUUCGGCCUCCUGAAGAAGACUGUACAGAAACGCACCGACAUGAAGCUGAUCGUUACGUCAGCUACUCUGGACGCUGUGAAGUUCUCUCAGUAUUUCUAUGAAGCUCCAAUCUUCACCAUCCCAGGCAGAACGUAUCCAGUGGAGGUGCUUUACACCAAAGAGCCUGAGACGGACUACCUGGAUGCCAGUCUCAUCACCGUCAUGCAGAUCCAUCUGACUGAACCUCCAGGUGACGUCCUGGUGUUUCUGACGGGACAGGAGGAGAUCGACACGGCCUGUGAGAUCCUGUACGAGCGGAUGAAGUCGCUGGGCCCGGAUGUGCCUGAGCUCAUUAUUCUGCCCGUUUACUCGGCCCUGCCCAGCGAGAUGCAGACCAGGAUCUUUGACCCGGCACCACCAGGCAGCAGAAAGGUGGUCAUUGCCACAAACAUCGCAGAGACGUCUCUGACCAUCGAUGGGAUUUACUAUGUGGUCGACCCCGGCUUUGUCAAGCAAAAAGUCUACAACUCCAAGACUGGUAUCGACCAACUUGUGGUGACUCCCAUCUCACAGGCCCAGGCCAAGCAGAGGGCGGGUCGAGCCGGCAGAACGGGCCCAGGGAAAACGUACAGGCUCUACACAGAGAGAGCCUACAGAGAUGAGAUGCUGACGACCAACGUGCCUGAGAUCCAGAGAACCAACUUGGCCAGCACGGUGCUGUCUCUGAAGGCCAUGGGCAUCAAUGACCUCCUGUCCUUCGACUUCAUGGACGCUCCCCCCAUGGAGACUCUGAUCACAGCCAUGGAGCAGCUCUACACUCUGGGAGCUCUGGACGAUGAAGGUUUACUCACCAGACUCGGCAGAAGGAUGGCUGAGUUUCCUCUGGAGCCGAUGCUGUGUAAGAUGUUGAUCAUGUCCGUGCAUCUGGGCUGCAGUGAGGAGAUGCUCACCAUCGUGUCCAUGCUGUCUGUGCAGAAUGUCUUCUAUCGGCCAAAGGACAAACAAGCCCUGGCCGACCAGAAGAAGGCAAAGUUCCACCAACCUGAGGGAGACCACCUGACUCUGCUCGCUGUCUACAACUCCUGGAAGAACAACAAGUUCUCCAACCCCUGGUGUUACGAGAACUUCAUCCAGGCCCGCUCCCUGCGCCGAGCCCAGGACAUCCGCAAACAGAUGCUGGGUAUCAUGGACAGGCAUAAGCUUGAUGUGGUGUCUUGUGGAAAAGCCACGGUCCGAGUCCAGAAAGCCAUCUGCAGUGGUUUCUUCAGGAACGCGGCCAAAAAGGAUCCUCAGGAGGGCUACAGAACGCUGAUAGACCAGCAAGUCGUGUACAUUCACCCCUCCAGUGCUCUGUUCAACCGCCAGCCUGAGUGGGUCGUCUACCACGAGUUGGUGCUGACCACCAAGGAGUACAUGCGAGAGGUGACCACCAUCGACCCCCGCUGGCUGGUGGAGUUCUCUCCGGCCUUCUUCAAAGUGUCCGACCCCACGCGCCUCAGCAAGCAGAAGAAACAGCAACGUCUGGAGCCGCUGUACAAUCGCUACGAGGAGCCCAACGCCUGGAGGAUCUCCCGCGCCUUCAGACGCCGUUGAUGCGUUUGUGAUGUCACGAAUACUGACGACCUGUACUUUGUCCUGCGUCAUGUGAUCAGAGCCUGUAGAUUGAAGUCUGCGUCAUCACCACUUUAAACAGUGUAGUCACUCCUCCUUUUUGAAUUUGUACAAACGGCGGUUUCUAACAUGUCAGAGUUUGUGUCAUUAUCUUAGAAAAGCCAUAGCUCUUUACUUGUUCUAGCUCUAAUCUAGAAAAGCAGGAAUACGGUGAAUCUUCUUGGAGGAGAUUCUCCCAAACAAUGGACUAUUUAUUUUAACGUUGUACGUGAUUGGACGUUAAGUAUAAACCAGGACCUGAUCAAAUCUUAAUGGGUCCUUAAUGUUUCAGGACUGGAGUCAGACCAAAAGGACGGAACGUAUAUAUUUGAUAGAUUUUGUUAUUACAGGGACGACUGUCCACUCACUUGUCUGCGUAUCAGAGAUACUCACUAGUGAAACUGUGAACAUGUGUCCUCAUUAAACACCUUUUUUAAAUCACUUGGAUUGUCUUGUGAACUUUAAUAAAUGGAAAUGUAUUUACAGAAAGA